AUGUCUAGUGUAGAAACGACUGAAUCCGGCAAGAAAAAGAAUGAAGUCAACAGAAACGCCACCAGCAACAGCAACCAAGAUGAUGACGAGUACGGAGAUGUUUUAGAGCUCGACUGCGACUUACGAGGCUUACAUCUGACUCAACCCAGGUGCGAAGCUGGGUCACAAGGCGUGCAGAGAGCAGUUCCCGCGAAAAUGCACACCACAACCCCGUGCAUUCAUAGCCUGGAGCUGAGUGACAUCGCAAAAAGACCAGUUUAUUUGAAACUUGAGAAUUGCCAGGCGACGGGGUCAUUCAAGGAUCGUGGCAUCGGGCAUUGCAUCAAACAAGCCUUCCUGAGGGGCCAUACGAGAGUGAUUGCUAUAUCGGCGGGCAAUGCUGGGCUGGCAGCUGCCCACGCAGCCACUACCCUCGGAAUGCCCGUCUCCGUCGUCGUGCCAUCAACCACUCUCAAUCUCCUGGUGUCACGACUCAAGCGAGAAGGGGCCGACGUUAUGGUUCAUGGAGACACGUUGAAACAAUCAACUGUUUUCGGCACUGAAAUGGCAGCGGCAAAUGACGCUUUUCUCGCACAUCCCUACGAUCAUCCCGACAUCUGGGAAGGUCACGCCACGCUGGUCGAGGAGCUCAAGGAGCAGUUGCCAACACGACCCGCUGUGAUCGUGACGGCCGUCGGAGGCGGCGGUCUCAUCAAGGGCGUCCUUUUAGGUCUGGAAAAGGUCGGCUGGGCAGACAGUGUCGCCACUGUCGGCAUGGAGACUGAGGGCACUGCCUGCUUCAACGCCAGCAAGAAAGCUGGAAAGAUUGUCAGUCUGCCCGAGGGUGCUAUGAAAAGCAUCGCAAGAUCUAUUGCAGUACACAGACCUGCAGCGGCUUUGGAGAACGACCUGAAGAACCCAUUGGUGUUUUCCGAUGUGGUUUCGGACACCCAGGCCGUUCAUGCAUUGUGUCGAUUUGCAGAUGAUCACAGAUUCCUAGUGGAACCAGCAGCAGGAGCAGCAUUGGCCUUUGUCUACUCGGGUCUGGUGCACAACCUGAUUAAGAACCGGGCCAUUCCCUGGACCCCGGAGUCGCCCGUCGUCAUCGUCGUUUGCGGAGGGAAUUCCGUGACCCUCGACCUAAUCGACGAAUGGAAACGACGCUUCCUCUCAAACAACAACAAUGGAGUCAACAACAACGACAAGCACUGAUUUAUGUGUACUGUCAUUCAUGCUUAUUUUUCUCGUUCUUCCGAGCACUAUAUAUAUAUUUAUGAGUAUAUAUAUAGCCGCAGAAGAGAGUAUAGU